UCCGAAUCAGAACCGCGACUUGCAAGUUCUGUCCCGUUUUGUGGCUUCUCUCUUCAGUUGUUUGAUGGUGUCCUUCAAAGCGCAGAGUUUCUCAUUUUGGAACUUUGCCUUAUUUUUUUUUUGUUUCUGGGUAUUUUUUGUGUCCUAGCUAAGAAUUCAUUGCUAAAUCCAAUGGCACAAAGAUUCAUGCUCAUGUUUUCUUCUGAGUUUUCCAGUUCUUGUUCUGGUGUGCAGGUGUCGGAGCCACUUUGAGUUAGUCUUUGCGUGUGUUUAAGGGGAGAGUCCAGCUUCUUUCUCCUGCACGUAGAUGCCGAGUUGCCAACAUAAUGAGUUGAAAAUUACUGUUAGUGUUUUACCAAACUUGUUUUUUUUUUUUAAAAACGCCUCUGUGCGUGUAUGUACAUACAACCAUACCUACUGCAAUUUUGUUUUGUUCCCUUUGAAGGAAAAUUUCAAAAAUGUUUCAAAUUCCUGUGGAAAAUCUUGACAACAUCAGAAAGGUACGAAAGAAGGUGAAGAGCAUCCUGGUGGACAUUGGGCUCGACAGCUGCAAGGAGGUGCUGAAGGAACUUAGAGCCUUUGAUCCAGGAGAAAAGUAUUUUUGUAAUACAUCGUGGGGAGAUGUUUCUCUCUGGGAACCUUCUGGAAAGAAAGUGAGGUACCGGACGAAGCCGUACUGCUGCGGCCUCUGUAAGUACUCGACCAAAGUGAUCACCUCCUUCAGAAACCACUUACACCGCUACCAUGAAGAUGAGCUCGACCAGGAGCUGGUGAUCCCCUGCCCGCGCUGCGUGUUUUCCUCCCAGCCCAAGGUGGUGGGCCGGCACUUCAGGAUGUUCCACGCGACUGCCCGCAAAGUGCAGCACCUGCCCGGGGACGUCCUGGGGGAGGCCCGGCCACCCCGGAGUGACGUCGUCAGUUUCACAUGCUUGAAGUGCAGCUUCUCCAACACCCUGUACUACAGCAUGAAGAAGCAUGUGCUGGUGGCCCAUUUCCAUUACCUGAUCAACGCCUACUUUGGCCUGCGAACUGAGGAGACGGAGCACCCCAAAACUGACGAGUCCGCCCCCGAGAAAGCGCCGCCUUCCGACAAGUAUUUCUGUAAGAAGUGCCACGCUGGCGCCAGCAGCCAGGACGCGCUCAUGUACCACAUCCUGACCUCGGACGUGCACAGGGACUUGGAGAACAAGCUCCGCUCAGUGAUCUCGGAGCACGCCAGGAAGGCCGGGCUGCUCAAACAGACGCACAUCGCGCCCAAGCCGGCUGCGCCCCCAGGCAGCAGUGCCCCUGGCCUGCCUGCUGCAGCUCCUUGCUUUCACCUCGCCCUGCCGCCCACUAGCCCGGGCCCGGCUGUUGUCCGGCCCGUGCAGGGCUCGGUCCAGCCUGCGACUGUGGCCCCGGGUGCGUCCGGAAGCCUCGCUUGCUCUCCACCUGCCGGGGCCCAGCCCCAGCCCCAGCCCCGGGUGACGCUGGUCUCCAGCCCCUUGCCGGUGCCCCAGAGCAGCCUGGCCCUGCAGCCCUCGGCGCCCCAGCCCGUCUUCCUUUCCCCUGGAGUCCCACUCGCCCCAUCGACCAACCCCCCCGUGUUGCCUGUGAGCCAGACUGUGGGGCCAGGCGUCCUCCCCAUCGGCCAGGCCAUCCGCCCCGGGGGCCUGCCCCUCAGCCAGCCCGUCGGGCCGGGGGUUCUGUCAGUAAACAGACCAGUCGGAUCUCGUGUCCUUCCCGUUAGCCCCUCGGUCACCCCCGGGGUUCUUCAGGCCGUCUCCCCAGGGGUGAUUUCUGUCAGUCGGACAGUCCCCUCAGGGGUCCUCCCUGCUGGCCAGAUGACCCCUGCAGGGGUCAUCCCUUCGGGACAGACGGCGACUUCCGGGGUUCUCCCUGCUGGCCAGGUAGCGCAGUCAGGGGUUCUCCCCAGUGGACUGACGGCCCCGCCCCGGGUUCUCCCCCCCGGCCAGACGGUCCCCCUGAGGGUCCUCCCUCCUGGCCAGGUGGUCCCGCCGGGACUCCUUUCUCCCAGCCAGACUGUGGCGCCGGCGGUUCUCCCUGUGAGCCCAGGUCUGGGCUCUGGUGUCCUUCAGCUCAGCCAGCCCGUCGUGUCUGGCGUUCUUCCCGUAGGCCAGCCAGGGAGGCCCGGGGUCCUGCAGCUGAGCCAGCCCAUGAGCCCCGGCAUGCUGCCAGCCGGGCAGCCCGUGCGCCCUGGCACCUCUCAGGGCACUGCUUUCCUCACCUCGGGCUCCAUCCUCAGACAGCUCAUCCCCACCGGCAAACAGGUGAAUGGCAUCCCCACAUACACGCUCGCCCCAGUGUCAGUCACCUUGCCUGUGCCCCCUGGGGGCGUGGCCACCGUGGGGCCCCCCCAGGUGCCCAUCCAGCUCCUGCAGUCUGGCACAGCUGCGCAGAUGGCCAGUCCGGUGGCAGGUGUGCCUUCGCCGCCGGUGGUGAGCGCCCCCCAGGUCCCGUCCGCGCAGGCCUCUUCCUCGGCGGUGGAGGUGAGCCCGGCACUGAAACAGGCGAAGCAGUGGAAGACGUGCCCCGUGUGCAACGAGCUCUUCCCAUCCAACGUCUACCAGGUGCACAUGGAGGUGGCCCACAAGCACAGCGAGGCUAAGGCCGCUGAGAAGCUGGAGCCGGAGAAGCUGGCGGCCUGCGCGCCCUUCCUCAAGUGGGUGCGGGAGAAGACGGUGCGGUGCCUGUCGUGCAAGUGCCUGGUGUCCGAGGAUGAGCUGAUGCGUCACCUUCUGCUGCACGGCUUGGGCUGCCUCUUCUGCCCCUGCACCUUCCAUGACCUCCGAGGCCUGGCGGAGCACAGCCGGACCAUGCACCUGGGCAAGAAGAAGCUGCCCGUGGACUACAGCAACCGAGGCUUCCAGCUGGACAUCGACAGCAACGGCAGCCUGCUCUUCCCGCACCUGGACUUCAUCACCAUCCUGCCCAGGGAGGCACUGGGUGAGCGGGAGGUCUACCUGGCCGUGCUGGCCGGGAUCCAUUCCAAGUCGCUGGUGCCCGUGUACAUCAAGGUCCGGCCCCAGGGCGAGGGCGCGCCCGGGAGCCCCCGGCCGGCGCUGACUUGCCCCUUCUGCUUUGGCUCCUUCGUGACGCCCGAGGCCUACGAGCUGCACCUGAAGGAGAGACACCACAUCACACCCACUGUCCACACCAUCCUCAAGUCCCCAGCCUUCAAGUGCAUCCACUGCUGUGGCGUCUACACUGGCAACAUGACCCUGGCGGCCAUUGCCGUCCAUUUGCUGCGCUGCAGAAGCGCCCCCAAGGACAGCAGCUCCGACCUCCAGGCCCGGCCGGGCCUCGCGGAGGACAGUGAGCUGCUCUGGGUCAACGGCGAGGGGACGCCGGACUCUAGCCUCACUGCCAAGAGGAAGCUGCCUGAUGGCCACCUUGGGGCUGAUGACCAGAGGGUGGGGGAGGAGCGGCCCCUGCUCAUCCACAUGGAGGCCACCCCCCCAGAGAAGGGGGCGGCGCCUCCCAAGAGACAGAGGAGCGAGAGCCGGACAGAGGGGCCGCCAGCCAGCGAAGACCCUCUUCAGAUUUUAGCAUUGAACCCUAAGAAAUACGAGGACCGUUCCUAUGAAGAGAAGAAGCAGUUUCUCAGAGAUUAUUUCCACAAGAGACCUUACCCCAGCAAAAAGGAAAUAGAACUGCUGUCCUCCCUCCUGUGGGUGUGGAAAAUUGACGUGGCCUCGUUUUUUGGAAAAAGAAGAUAUAUUUGCAUGAAAGCAAUAAAAAAUCACAAGCCUUCUGUUCUUCUAGGCUUUGAUAUGUCUGAACUUAAACACGUCAAACACAGAUUGAACUUUGAGAAUGAAUCACAAGACUUGUAAAAAAGCGUUAAGGAAUUUAAAAUAGAUAGUUUUUUCAAUUGAGAUUUAUUUUCUUCACUGUACGUUGAACUAAUCAAUUUCAGUGGUCUUUAUGCUGCUCUUUAGAAUUACUUCAGGUGCUCGGAGAGACUUCUGCGUCAGAAGUGAACAGUUCUUUCAGAUGUAUUGUUUCAUGCAGUUUGAUUUUGUAACACUUUUAGUUUCCUCUGUCGUGUAAAUUAAAUAUUUUGAUACUCAUGCACGCUUGUUUUCCCAUAGGGUCAGUGUCGUAUCAUAAAAGACUGAAAUCAGCAUGUGUUUCUUUCAUUUAAGGAAACCCCACUUGUUUCAGAAAACUCGAUUAGGAGAAAAGCUCCAGGCCCCUUCAGGCGGGCCUGGGUCCAGCGCUGGGAUCCCGUGCGGUGUGACUUAGGCCGAGGUCUCCCGACAGGUGUGCUCACUUGAUUAGCAUUUUGUAUUACUUUAUUUUUCAGGUUUGUCCAGUUUGUUCCCCCCCACGACUCAUGGAAAACCAUGUUUCCAUUUGCUGAUAGACUGAAGCUGAGGCUGGUGCGCCGUGGCCCAUAGUUAUUCCACAAAUAAAGUCACUGUAGGUGCAGAAGCACUCCCCACUGCAGGCUCCCCCUCUGACGCGUGACGAGUCGUUUCCCAGCCAGAGGUAAGACGAGAGGUCAUUCGGGGUUCAGAAGAAACACAGAACACUCUCUGCCCAGCUUGGCUGCCCACAAAACCGCGGGAAGGGCCUGAGCCUCGGAGGGGGCAUCUUCCGGGUCUGUGGUCAGUACUGGGUGCGGAGCCCGGCUUUCCUGGGUGGCCAGGUCUCUAGGGGCCCAGUUGGGCCGGACCCGCUUCCACAGCGGGUGGGCACGGCCCAGCUUUGGGGGCGAGGGUGCGCGGGGGACCCAGUGGCUCAGGUAAUGGGAAGGGCUGCUAACUGGCGGCCCGCGUGCCCGUGUCCAGCGGCGGUCAGACCUUAGUUUUUCACACAUUAUGGGAUAAAGCAUGGGCGGUGGAAACUGGCCAGUUCAGGCUGGAGGGGUCUUGCUGGUGCUGCGCUGCAUCGGCCCGGGGGCCUUCGGCCGGGCUGUGGGGACGGGAAUGCUCUGCCGGGUUGUAAGAAUCGGCUUGCGCGUCUGCCGUAAGGUGCGUUUUCUGAGGCGGUUGUGAAACUAGUCGUGGUUGGUGUGCUCUGUUCUAAGUUCAAAAAGACCUUCUGGAGUUUAUUUUUUUUACCUAUUUUCAGAGUGCCUGUUUUGAAUUAAAUUUGUUAUUCCACUGCAAACAGAAUGUUCGAUUCUUUCAAUGUCUCUGACCCGUCGGAAUAGUCUGGAUGUGGAAGCGAACACAUUCGUUUUCCAAAAAACCGUUGUCGUGAAUAUCGUCCGCGUAACCAGAAGGGCUGGAUUCGUGGCCAGCGUCGCGGACGGGCGUGGCCAGAGGCUCCUGCGCACCCCG